AUGACAGCAAAGAGGAAACAGAGUCUGCAGGGGAGUAACAGCAAUGAGAAAAAUUAUGAGAUGGUGCCCCCUGAGGGAGGCUGGGGAUACCUAGUAUGCAUUGGCUUGUCAGUUAUUUUCAUAGCGGGAACAGCUCACCAACCUGUGUUUGGAUUCAUUUAUAAUGAUUUUCUCAACGAUUUGGGAGCUGGUACGGGUGCAGUCACUGUUGUUUAUGGCGUAUUCCAAGUUACUGUAGCUUUAGCAGGGUUCUCAGCUAAUAUAGCUUUAAAAAAGCUAUCAUUAAGACAAGUUGGUCUCAUAGGGGCUUUUAUUUAUACAUUGGCAUCAUUUUUGGCCAUAUUUGUUGUAUCAACGACACAGUUGAUCAUAACAAAUGGAUUACUGCAGGGUCUUGGAAUGGGUUUGCUCAUUCCCGUUUCCUAUACAAGUUUCAACAGCUAUUUCACGAAAAAAAAAGUACUUUAUCUUAGUUUAUGCAAAGCUUCAAUUGGACUCAUAACAAUGGUGUACCCACUGUUUAUUAAAUUUACUAUAACAGAGUAUGGAUUUAGGGGUACUCUGGCCAUCCUCUGUGCCAUAUCAGCACAUAGCAUUUUUGGUGCUAUUGUUAUGCACCCAGUAAAGUGGCAUAUGGUAAAGGAAAUUAAGUCAUGCGAAAAAAUUGUUUUAAUUCCACCUACACCAGCUGUUGAUGAUAAUAAAAAUAAAUUUAAUUUUCCCAAGGUAGGAAAUGGUGGAAACAAAAAUGAUGGAACAAGAUCGGUAGAAAAUUUAUUGAUAGUCAAUAAUAAUAAGCCCAAAAAUGAAUCACAGUUACUAUUUGUUCCAAAAUUAGAUGAUUCCAGAAGAUUAAGUAUUCCGGUAGUUUUAAUACCUGACGAUGGAAAGACUGAUAGUAAAUUCAAUUCUAGUGAUAACGUAUACCUAGAAAAUUUGUAUAAAGCAGCUUCUGUAUCUAGUUUGGGUAAUUUUGGAAACAUUGCGGCAGAACCAAUGCCUAUAAUUAAAAACAAAGAAGGUAAAUGGCAAACGGUAGCAGAGUUCCUGGAUCUAACACUAUUAAAAGACUUAGUAUACGAUAACAUUAUUAUAGGGAUGUCAUUGACUUUUUUUUCUGAUUUGACGUUCUUCACACUAGAACCAUUAUUUCUGGACAAAAAUCAUCUCAGCAGGGCCGAGAUAGCAAACAUAAUCGCAACUGGAGGGGCUACGGACAUGUCAGCACGACUUCUGUUAGCUGUAUCAGGACAGUUCUUCCGAAUGAACAGCCGUUACAUGUUUUAUAUCGGUGCCCUUUUCACUGCCAUAUUUAGAAUUGUGUUCGUACAAUAUACAACAUAUAUUCCGCUACUAGUAUUGACUGGAACACUGGGAGCAUUAAGGUCUUUCGUACACAUCGCACAGCCUAUUGUUAUGGCAGAACAUGUUCCUAUAGAAAGAUACCCACCUGCUUAUGGUUUAUAUAUGUUGCUAGCAGGAUUUAUUAGUUUAACUAUUGGACCUAUGAUCGGUUUCAUCCGGGAUUACACUGGAAAUUAUGUUUUAGCAUUUUUAAUGUUAACAAUGUGCAAUGUAUUUUGUGUUUUGCCUUGGACGAUAGAGGCUAUUUUAAAAGUAUCCGGACUUAGUUUAGCCGUGGCUUUCAUUGAGUGUACUACGAAUUCUGUUGACAUAUUUAAAAUGCAAAACAGUACUCAUAGUAAACAAACCAACGAUGAAAAAAUUAAAACAAAUAUUCCUAUAGAUAAUGCGGAAACCAACACAUGGGGUUAUGUCGUUUGUUUUGGAAUAGUAAUCACGUUUAUUGCGGGAAUAGGUCAUGUUAACUCAUUUGGGCUUAUUUACAAUGAUUUUAUAAUUGAUACAAAUUCUACAGCAAAGUCAUUAACCACAGCACAUGGAGUGUUUGCUAUUAUGCUUGCUAUUGGAGGAUUAAUUCUAAAUAUUACGCUUAAAAAUUAUUCCCUAAGACUCGGAAAUUUCAAUGGAAAAAUCGAAGAAAACGUCGACUUAUUGACUAUAGAGAAUGGAAAAACAAUCGUUGUUUCGAAAGUGAAGGGCAAAUCUAGCAAAAUUAAAACCGAUAAAAUGAGAGAAGAGCUGUUGAAAUGUAUAAACAUGAAAGUUUUGAAAGAUCCAGUUUUCUGCAACAUCUGUGUCGGCCAGAGUUUCGUUAACUUUUCCGACUUGACAUUUUUCGUCUUGCAACCAAUACUUCUAUUUCAAUAUGGCUAUACAACGACGCAAGUAGCGACAUGUAUAUCAAUCGCCGCUGGGGCUGACCUGACUGGACGUUGCGUGCUUGCAAUUAUUAGUGGGGUCGUACCAAUUAACACGAGGCUUUUAUACUACGUUGCCACACUGUUCACACUUCUCGUAAGAAUUAUUAUGCUACAAGUCCGUCAGUUCACUUUUGUAGCUGUUGUAACUGGUGCUUUGGGAGUACUUCGUGCCCUUCUCCACGUAGCCAGUCCACUCGUAAUCUCGGACUAUGUCUCUAAUCAAGAUUUUCCUGGAGCCUACGCCUUGAAUAUGCUUGCUGCUGGAUUAGUUAAUGUUACAUUCGCACCAUUCAUCGGUAUGGUAAAAGACGUAUACGGAGAUUACGUUCCAGCUUUCUACGCAUUAAUAGUAUGUUGUGUGCCUUGCUUGUUAUUCUGGCCCAUGGAAAAAAUAUAG